AUGUCCCAGAAUAACCUGCUUCAAGGAUACAACUGGGAGACCCAGUACGAGGAUUCGCAGGUGCAAUUCACUCGUCCUAUCCCGGAUGAAGUCAUCAGCGUUUAUGAAGUUUACGUGAAAGAGGAAACUGCAGGUUCUGAAGGGAGGAACGAUGUCACCGUCGUACCGAGUUUGCCGUCCACAAAUGAUCAUCAAUUAAUUCAGGGUGAUUGCAUGAACCUAAAUGUGGCUAUAGAUUCUGAAGUAAUUAACAUUGACGGUGCUGUGACAAAGUUUCUCGGGAAAGAUGCUUUCAAAUAUAAAAUUCUCGAUCAAAAUGUUAAUUCGUCCAACGACAACGUUAUGGUGUACUCGCAUCCAGUUGUCGAAGGACCUUCAUCGUCUUCCACUCGACUGAUCGAUAAAGAUGAUCCAAGAUCGAAACUUCAUUUCGUGAAAUAUUUGAAGCGAGAUGGAAAGACGUUGAAAAUCUGGGAAUGCGGAAUUUGUUCGAAGGAGUUCCGGCAUCAGUACACGUUGAUGAGGCAUUUGCCAACGCACACCGACGAGAGAAACUUUAAAUGCGAGGCUUGCGGCAAAGCUUUCCGGCAGUUGUCGACUCUGAGCCAGCACAAGGCGAUACACAGCGACGCCAGGCCAUACGUUUGUGAAUUUUGUAAGAAAACUUUCAACAGAGUGUCUACACUGAUUUCACACCGGAAAACCCAUUCGGAACACAAACCACAUAAGUGUCAGGUUUGUGGGAAAGGAUUUCAUCAAAAAGGCAAUUUGAGGAACCACGUGUUUACCCACACGAACGAGAGGCCGUACAAAUGCGAGCUUUGUGGCAAAGGGUUCAAUCAAAUGUCGAAUUUGGUCUGCCACAAGGUCAAAGCUCAUGCACACGCGGAGAAAAUGCAGCACGUGUGCGGAAUCUGCGGCAAAGAGUUCCCGCGCCGAUUCUCUUUGAGAUCGCACGAAGAGUACAAGCAUGGGAUAAAGUAUCGACAUCCGGCCGGUGUGCAGACCGGAAUCAACGAUCCGAACGUCAUAAGAAACAAGAACGUGAGGAUCGUGCAGCUGCCCAACGGAGAUCGAAAUCAAACUAUCGAAGUCAGGGACAAGGAUCCUUUGAUGUGUUCAGAUGUGAUGGAAUCGGUGGUGAUAGAUAAAAUCGACACGAAGGCGAUGGAAAUGGCAUUGAUCGAGGGACAAACGCCAUUCGCUUUGUUCAAACCAGCCAAAGGAAUUCCUGUCCUGGUGAAAGUCUCUCCAACUGGGACUCAUAAAAAUAUCUUGACACCUGCCACUGCUGAAGAUUUACGCAUGGCGGGCAAGAUGAGCCUAAGUCCGACGAUUACCGCUGAUCCCGACAGGAUUAAAGCGGUACAAGUGAAGGUACCAGUGGUAGCCACGGUUAUCCAGAGCAUUGACUCUGAUGGAAAAAUGAAUUUCAUUGUCGAACCGCCUGGACCUGAGAACGAACACGAGAGCUUGGUCACGGCAUUGGAUUCUCAGUUCACGUACACCGAGCCGGCCAGAAACGAGCCAGAUCGCCAGAAUGGCCCUGUUGUGUCCUCGGCGAUGGAGGAUUGCAACGAGCUGCUGGAACUGGCCGCCCAGGGUGGAAUACAGUUCGUGCGCGCGACAGAGGACGGUCGUUACGAGGUGAUGACGAACAGCGAGGCUCGCGAUCUGAUGGCACAGAAUUCACACGACGUGACCAUUCUUGAGGGUGAGGAAGCGGAUGCGAUCAAUGUUGUGAAUAUGCGCGGCAACGGGGAAGUUAUUAUCGGGGAUUCCGAUAAUCAGAUCAUGGUGCUCGAUUCCGCAUCGACGCAGAAAUCUAUGCCGAUGGACGGCAUUGAGAUCCUGGAGGACAAGGAUAUCCGGAUAUUGGACAGCAAAAGCCUCGACGACCGUUUCGUGGAUGGCAUUAGCUUCCUCUCGCAAUCGAAGAUCGACGAUCUGAUUUUGGGUCCGAAACCUUUGUCCAUCGAUGGUGGUGUGACUGUCAACGACCACGAGGACGAGGCCAUAGGGGUGCCUUCGAGUCAACAAGAGUUGACGAACAUCCUCAGCCACAGAAGCGAUAUUUCGACGCUGUCGACCACAUCUCAGCCCUCGAUAUCGUCCCUGUUAAUGAAAAAUCAUCCACCCUUGUCGAUUUUGAACGAUACGCUUCCGUAUCUGAAAAGCAACACCAGCUUAGCCGAAGAUCUAAAUAUUCUAGGUAGUUCGACGAUGGACGAUCAUCAUUCCGUGUACGAGUCCAAGAUAAAAUUACCUUCCGUUUUUGACGAUCCUGAACCAGACACUGGUCUGAUACCCAUCAAUCAAUCGGAUAUGAAGAUACUCGGAUCGGCAACUUCGAAUAAGGUCCUUGGCGGCAAGACAAAUUGUCUACCGCCAUCGAAAUUGUUCCCCGGCCUGAACGAGGUGAAGAUCCUGGGUCCGAAGAACCACAGCCAAGAGAUCAUGACUUCGCAGUAUCAGGAUAUAAAGUUACUCAGCCCUUACGAACAGUUUUUGAAGAACACCGCCUCGAACACGAACGGGUGCGACAGCGGCGGAGUGAACACUUCCGGUGGGUGUAGGAAGGAGGUGAAGAUCCUGGGUAAGAAGUUGGGAACUGGCAUUAUCACCAGCACCGAGGAGGGCAACGUUGUGGAAGUCAUCGAGGAGAAAACUAAGCUCAUGAUGGACGGUCCAGGUCUUUGCAACCCCACUGACAACACGGUGAUCUCAUCUCCGCGUCUCGACAGGCAGAUCACGGAGAAUGGAGGGCCAGACAGCUUCUUGCUCCAAGCAUGUAGCCCGUGCGACUCAGAUUUCCUGAAUUUCGAGAACCGUUUGAAGGACACGUCGCCGGCCGGCCAUUUUGAGCGAACCCAGAAGGAUUCCAGGGAUAGUUUCAGCUCUACCAGCGGUCUUCCCGAUCUCGAUUGAAAGAAGAAAUCGGGAACAGUCCACUCUGUUCACACUUCUCCUUGGCUCUCCUCCGUUGAAAUUAUCCAAGCUCGACGAGUGGAAAGGAAAAAAGAAAAAAAAGGGAAAAAAAAAAAAAAAGAAAUGUCGCCACGAGAUCUUUAAAUGGCUGUGAAGGAUGGAUGUGAUUAUUAUAAUUGAUAUGAAACUAGAAAAUUAACGUCUCGAUGUUGUUCGUUCGUCGAAUUUCGUUCUCAGACACUCGCGAUCUAGUAGCGAACGGAUGUGCAUUUAUUUUUUUUUCGAUUUUUAUUUCAGGAUUUCCCUUAACCGAUCCUUAAAACUAGUUUCGAAUUCUUGUGAAUUUUAUUCCGAACGUCUUAUAUAAUGUUAGUUCCAGAGGGUUAUUCUCGAUAUAUAGUUUGCGCCCCGAUUUUUCUUCUGCUUCGUUUCACGGUGUUUUUUAGGUUGACUCGCGAAACGAGUAAAUUUUAGCACGAGAAAAUUUGCGAGGAAGACACCGGAAUGCUUUUAAUCGAUCGUAUCCUAGGAGAAAAAAGAAAAAAAGAAAAAAAGAAGAGAGAGAGAGAGAGAGAGAGAGAGAGAGAGAAAGAGAGAGAGAGAAAGAGAGAGAGAGAGAGAGAGAAAGGGAAAAUCCCGCGAACGUUCGCGACGAAUUUAUAAAUUUAAAGAGAACGCUAGCGUUAGAACUAAUAUAUUUAUUUUUUUAAUCUUAGAAUAUUUAUAUACGCGACGAGCAACGAUUUCGUUGAUAUUUGCCUAGACUUUUGAUAAGAAUGAAACAUGGACAAGAAGAAGAAGAAGAAGAAGAAGAAGAAGAAGAAGAAGAAAAUCACAAG